GUGAUGGUGACCAACGUGACGUCACUGCUGAAGACCGUCAAGGCCGUGGAGGACGAGCACACCAGAGGCACCAGGGCGUUAGAGUCCACCAUCGAAGCCAUAUCUCAGGAGAUUGAGGUUCUGAUGUCGCCAUCCACGCCCAAAUCUUCUGCGACUCCUGAGGAGCUGAUCCGUUGCACUCGUCAGAUGACGGUGGCCACCGCGAAGGUGGUGGCUGCUGGCAACGCCAACAAACAAGACCAACUGACAGCCGCUGCCAACCUUGGAAGGAAGACUGUAGUCGACCUGCUGGUCGCUUGCAAGGCGGCGGCGCACGCGGCGGAGUCGGCGGAGCUGCAGGCGCGCGCGCUGCAGUGCGGGCGCGCGGCGGCCGAGGCGUACCGCGCGCUGCUGCAGGCCGUGCUGCAGGCGGCCGGCGCCGACGUGGCCGCGCGCCAGCAGUUCCCCGACCUGUCGCGCCGCGUGGCGCACACCGUCGCCGACAUCAUCGCCACCGCCGAGCUGCUCAAAGGCUCGGACUGGGUGGACCCGGACGACCCCACCGUCAUCGCAGAGAACGAGCUGCUGGGCGCCGCGGCGUCCAUCGACGCCGCCGCCAAGAAACUCGACUCGCUGCGGCCCAGGAAGACCGUCAAGGUUCAGGAGGCGGACGAGAGCCUGAAUUUCGACGAGAUGAUCUUGGAAGCGGCCAAGUCCAUCAUCACAGCUACAUCGGCGCUGGUGCGGGCAGCUUCCGCCGCGCAGAGAGAGUUGAUCGACCAGGGCAAGGUGGCGCGGCGGCCCACGUCGUCGUCGGACGACGGGCAGUGGUCGGAGGGGCUGGUGUCGGCGGCGCGGCUGGUGGCGGCGGCGGCGCACUCGCUGGUGGAGGCCGCCAACGCGCUCGUGCACGGCGCCGCCUCCGAGGAGCGCCUCAUCUCCAGCGCCAGGCAGGUCGCCUCCUCCACCGCGCAGCUGCUCGUCGCCUGCAAGGUCAAAGCAGAACCAUCAUCAGAGAGCACGGCUCGUCUACAAGCGGCUGGCGCUGAGGUCAUCCGCUCCACGGACAACCUGGUGCGUGCCGCCAGAGACGCCAUCUGCUGCGAGGAGGAACGCAGCCUGGUCCUCAACCGGCGCAUGGUGGGCGGCAUUGCGCAGGAGAUCGACGCCAGGACCGAGGUGUUGCGAAUCGAACGAGAGCUGGAGGAAGCCAGAGGCAGACUAUCAGCCAUACGCCAAGCGAAGUACAGGCUGAAGGACAGCAGCGCCGCGAGCGACGAGGAGCCGCCGCGGUUCAAGUCGCCGACGAGCUUCAACACGACGUACAGCCCCAACAGCACGUACUCGGCGCAGCACACCGCCAACGUCACCAACAUCAGCUCGCACGUGUCGCAGCUCAACCAGUCCAUACACGGCGCGCCGCUCAACACCACCACGCAGACCAACUUCGCCACCAGCCCGCCGCCUAAGAGCCCUGGCUUCGCCCAAAACCCAUCGCCAUCGCCUGGCUACGGCCCGUCCAACGGCUACUCGCAGUCGUUCUCGCGCGACGAGAAGCAGUACAGCACCGCCAGCGCCACCAGCCCCACCUUCUCCAGCUUCCGGCCGCAGGACGACACGCCCAAGCAGAACUACGAGGGAUUCACCACUCGAGAAACGACAUCUAAUGACAGAACGAUGAGAGCUAAGACGAGCAUGAGCGAGGAGUCAGUGGUGGUGCGGUCGCUCGACCUGCCCGAGGUGCGCACGGCGUAUUUGGUAUCGGAGUCGGGUCCGGCGGCGCCCGCCACGUCGGACGCGCCGGACGCGCCCCACGCCGCCCAGCGGAUAUACUACAAGCGCGAGAGGCCGCCGCCGCCGCCGCCGCGCCGCGUCUCGCUGUUAAACUACGAGACCCGCCUGUACGACACGCCGCGACCCGUUAACGAAUACGCGAAGACAGAGCGAAAAGAAUCGAACCAGUACCAAUUCAAACAGGAGAAGUACGAAUAUGAUGCCCCCAAGACACCCCUGAGCCCCAAGUUCAACGCCAGAGAACUGAAGUUCGAUGAAAAACCUGAACCGAUCUACUCUUCGUUGAAGAAACCGCCUUUCGAUGGUGUUGGACAGACCUUCAGUGAGCACCAAAAGUCCACUGAGGCGAUACCAGGCGGCACCAAGCACUCUGAGUACUCCGUCAAGAGCGAGUCCUACCAGAGCUACCCUAAAACAGAGUUCACGAAGACAGAAGUGCGACAAGAGGUCAAGUCUCCCUUCACAUCUACUCCGAAGUUCGACAGGAAUGACUACAAACACACCUCCACGGAGCUAGUGAAGGCAGUCACUCCAGAUUACGACAGGAUCUCAUCGCCUUACGGCAAGGACGUUCAAAGCUACGGAGGCCCGAACUACAUGGAGGAGACCACGACAGAAGUGAAGGAAAUUCCGAACGGAACGCAGAAGAUCACCACAACGAAGAUCUAUAGCUCGUCACCGGUGAACAUGACUAGCACGAGCACCAAGUACGAGCCCAUCAAGUUGGAGGGCAUCGACGAGUUGUCCAAGUCGUUCGACAACGAGUCAAAAUACAGCACCCUGGAUUCCAGGUUCAACACCCUGGAGUCCAAGAUGAGUUCGGAUACCAGCCGCUCCUUCAUGAGACCCUCCGACUUCCAGUCAUCGGAUUACCAGAGCACCACCAACGUAACCAAAGUGAAGAAACCAGAACUAUCCAAGGAGAUCGACAGUUUGGACAAGAAGUUCUCCAAGCAGACGAUCACGUCGGAGACCAUCGAGAGGAAGUCGGUGAUGACCAGCUCGCACAAGUCCGAGACAAGCUCGACGGUCACCAAGAAGUUCGGCAACUUCUAAAAGGUUUGCAUCAUCUCGCUUUGUCGCUGUCGUGUGCGCUUCCUGACACUAACAAGGAAAUGGAAGGGCAACAUGUUGACAGUGUCGACUGCCACUUCGAGCUUUUUUAAUAUUUAUGCGGCGGAAUUCUGUAUAGAGUAGGUAAAUGAUCCCGCAGGUGACACAGAGAGUAAGUUAUUAAAAUUAAACAGUGUAGACUUUUUAGUAGAAAACGCUGUGUCAUUUAUGGCAACAUUUAUCAUAAAUAUUUUAAAUACGCGCAUUAGUGUUUAACAUAGACUAUUUUCUGUUAAGUGAUUUUUGUGAGAAUUUAAAUAUGAACUAAAAUGUAGAAGUAUUUAUAUUAUGAUGUUGGAUUUCUACCAUAACUUUCUACCAAUUUAGUAGAAAAUGAAAGUAGUAAGUGUACGAAAAUGUCUAAAAGGUGCUAAAUAUAUUUAUUUAUAGUGAACGCGGUGUCUACAUUUGGCCUUAGAGAUUAUAUGGAAGUUUUGAUAUUAUGAAUUCUAUAAAAAUAUAGGGAUGACGUGAAGUUCAAGUUUUUAUUUUAUCGAUAUUAAAAUAAGGACUUGGUUUUUACUGAAAACUAUCGUGUGGGUGAGACAUCACUUACCAGCUAUAGUGGGUCCGAUAGAGUUUAAAAAAAGUUUUUACAAGUAAAAGCAUAACUUUAAUAUUUUUACGCAAAUGGAUAAGAUGUUAUAACUGUGUAAAUGGGCAGCUUUUAAACAACAGAUCUCUUUUUUUUUUCAUAUAUAAUUAAUACCACAAAUAAACAGGCGAAAUAUGAAAUUUAUUUGAAAGUUUUUUUCAUAUAAAUCAUUAUGAAGGUAGCUUAUAUAAAAUUUUAUGAACGACAUUGAUAUUAAAAAUCGCCGAAUAUUAAUGAAAAUGAUAUUUCACUCACACGAUAAUUCCCAAUUAUAUUCACAAAGUGCUAACCCCAGGGGGGACCUUAUAAUGUUGCCUUUCACUGAACGUUGAAUCCGCCAAGUGUGCCAUAAUUGUAUAGGAAUUUUAUUUCCAGAGUGCCUUCUAACUUUAUAUAAACGUUUAGAUCUCGCCACGUACACCAACACAUGGUUUCCAUCUUUAAUAAUAUAAGACGAUGUGAACUGCCAAUAACUUAGGCAUUAAAGAUAUAUUUCUAGAAGGAGAGUCAGCUGUAUUAAACUAAGUAAAAUCUGUAAUUAAAUAAGGGUGUAUCUAAACGUUUAUAGUUGCCUUGAAAUAAAUUAUAUUAGUGUGGGUAGUGUGCGGAAAUCUAACACUUUGGACAAUAGAAAAUAGUAAAAUGAACAGAAACCAUCGUCAAUUUAUAAUUAUAAAAAAAAAAUUAACAUUACAUUUAAAGAUUUCGAAUCUCUGUCUCACCCUACCCACUCUAGUAAUAAAUAUAUAAAAAACUAAAAUUAUUAAAUUCUAAAAAAAAUAAGAUGAGUUUUCACAUUUUUAUAUAUAAAAUCGUGUGCCAUUUACGAAUUGUUUACUGGAUAAUGUAUAGAAUUCUUUAACGCUCCAAAAUCAAUAAUAUUUACAAUUAGCAACAUAAUACCGUCCGUAUUUCGAAAAAUAUUUUGAAACUUACAGCUACAAGUACAAAUUUUGGAGUGUUUCAGAAUUCAAAUUUAAAAAGAUGUAUUUCGUGACAUUCUGGUGAAAAAAAAACUUUGAUCGCAUUAGCGUCUAAACUAUAAAUGAUCAUUGUCUCGAAGAAAUUAUUUCAAAGCAGCUAACUAUACGUUUCAAAUCUGACUCCAGUCAACACGAGAACGUCAUGAGAUGCUGUAGUGAUGGUCUGGUGCAAUUAAUGAAGAUAAAUAUUUACUAAUUGUGUAGUUUUUAAGUGAAACGUGUGAAGCAACGAAUAUACAAGCGUUAAGUACAGCGGUCCUUCGAGCCGCGCUGUUUUCGAUCACUUUAUUAAAUAUUUUUUAUUGCUAAUGUUGAAUAAAAAAUAACCGCCUUUUAAGAAUGGUGAUUAAUAAAAAAAAAAAAAAUUAAAUGAAAAGUGAAUUGCCUCUCACUAUUCUUAAAUUUUAAAUUUAUAACCUAUUGUUACUGCACAGAUGUAUAAAAACAUUAUUUUGUUGUAGAAACGUAGCGAGACUACAGGAGUCACGUGCAGUGAACGAGAUUGUAUUUCUUGUCACGCAUUGAGUUGUUGGGAGACGCGUAUGAAAUAUACCGUUUAAAAUUCAAUGUUAUAUAUUGUAGCUAUUGAAAGAUUGCUCCGAAUAUACGUACAAAACCUAAAUUAUUAAAAUCUAAUUUAUCUCUAAAUUAUUUCGUUUUAUAGCUUUGAAAUUGGUAUUUGUACCAUAAAGUAAAAAAAAAGGAAUUUCAAUAUUCUAGAAAUUUCACUAUGUAUUCCAAAAACGAUGUAAUUCCCACCGAAAAUAGAUAUUUUGUUAUCGGUUAAAAGUAUAUUCGCGGUGCAAUCUUUCUUCGUAGUAGAUGGUGACUCACGAUUAGUGGACUAUAUACUCGUACGGUCAAUUUAGACCCAGAAUUAGACUUAGUUUUAAGACAGCUUUUAAAAGGACACACUGCAACAUAGUCGAUAGGUUAGCGGUCGUUAAAGCACAGUUUAUUAAGUGGCCUUUAAGUAAGAAAAAAUGUAUAUUUCGUGUGUCACCACCUACCUUACACGUGCCUUAAGCAGCUUUGAGUAUUUAUGUAGUGUUAAUGAGCCCGCGCAAGCGUCACGUCCACUGGAGGUAUAUGACACCAAUUCUGAUAGAUUAGCUUACGUACAGAUGUACAACGUAGUAUUUUUAAUAUUAUUUGUGAAUACGCUGUGCAAAAAAUCUCUGUCGAUUUUAGUAAGGACAAGUUGUAUUGAUCGUAAUUAAAAAUAAAUAUAUGAUUUCAACUUACAAAGCACAAACGCCUCGUACAUUACCCGUACUUUAAUCACUUCAAAGUAAUAGGAGUGACAUUGGAAGAACCUCCAUCUUAGUCUUUUAUUCAGCGUAUUUGCAAAUAACCUAUAAUAUAUUUUACUUAUAAAUCGUCUUUCAUAAUGUAUUUUAUAUAAUUAAAUUCUAACUACGAAUUCACUUUAGUUUUCAAUGGCAGUUGUAAAAUAAGCGCUUGUUCGUACAAGCGAUGAGUGACUCGAUAUUUCGAAACAUAAAUUAUAACUUUGUAUAGAGUAGUGUCUGCCAUUGAACACUUAUGUACUCUUCAAUUAUAUACAUGUUAUACUGUGUAGUGUUAUUAUAAUCGUAUAGAUAUAACUAUGUAUUUCUCGAUAAAAGCCGUGUCUUAUUAAUAAAUAAUAAUGUACAAUUUAUGCGUUGUUUGGCAAAUAUCUCAACUAUGCAUUUAUGAAAAUUACUGUUAGUCGGUUCAUUUUAGACUAUCGUGACAGUUCUAGCUGAACUUUGAAGUACAUUAUAACAACUAAAGCCAUGCAAACGACUCUAUUACAAAAUAAAAUAAAUGGGUCAAUAUUGACCCACCCCUGGGUCACUUAAGUCACAUUCCCUUUACAAGAGACAUGUAGAAAUAAAUUGAGAUUUUGUCAAACAGCGUAUUUUGUCUAUAAGUGCUUGUGUACGAACAAUUGUAUAAUUGAUAUUUAAUGUGUUUUGAUAUGCAUAUACUAGGAGUUAAGUGUAGAAACUAAAAUCUCAUAUUAUAUACCAAAUAACUAUAACUAAUUUUUAUUGUUUUGGCGACGUCCUCUCAAACAUAUUGAUCAUGGGAAAAUGAAAACACAAGAAAUAAAAUAAUUCUAAUCGUUUGAAAACUCAGCUGUCGAGCACUGAACACUUCCAUGCAGAACUUUGUGAUUCAAAGUUGUACUGUUUACAGUGAGAGAGCCAAGCAUAUUACUCGUCGCGUCUCAGUUAAACUUGGAAGUGUAUCGUUAUGUUUGAGAGCGAGGUCGCGUUCAGAUGUGGUGACAUUUUGUUCGUUGUUAUAAUUUUGCGAGAUUUUAUUUGGUUCGUCGUCGGUAGCUAAACUAAUAAUUCGUCACUUCGGGGCAUUGUAUGGUACGACUUACAUCUGAAAUAUAAAUUCACUAAUUUAUAA